CUAGUAUUUGUCGACAGUGUGAAACGGCUGUAACCGUCUACGGGACGACGGAUGGACCUGUACUACCCCGGUCUGGAUGCACUGCCGACAUUACAUGAAGACAUCAUCGACAAAGACACGCCCCACUUGGAGACCGAGCGAUUGAAGCGAGACCUGGCAGCGAUGCUGGCAAUGGACGCCACUGCCGCCAGGUCCAUCCACUCCCAAUCACCUCAGCACACAGCCAUCCUUUCCGACGAAACGACUGCUGGCGCCAUUAAACUGCAGUCUUGGUGGAGGCAACGUGCCGCUCAACACCAGCUAGCCACGCUGAUGCUGGAGAAAUUCGAAGCAGAUGAAGCCAGGCGACGGAUGCGAGAGCAGCGGCUCGUUGAAGACACCCUCCAACUGCUCGACCGGUUGGCGCUGCAGACACACCUGACAAACGAAGCGUAUUUGGCCAAAUGUCGGAAAAACCACCAGAACCGUGUGGCGUAUUCUAUCCAAUGCUUGUACCGUCGGCACUCUGCGAAAAAGCGACCGACGACCUCGGCGGCCUUAGCGACGCCUACCUUUGACGCGAGUGCCUUCUUCCGUCCAGAUAGCAGUUGAACUGGCCAUGAUUAUACAAUACUAGUACUAGUUGCCCUA